AUGUUUACUCUGAGGAAAGUAGCGUUCGAGUUGUCGGGAUAUAACAAAUACGGGCUUUACACGCACGAUGUGAUAAAUUACGCUAAUCCUAUUGUACGCGAAGCUUUGCGUCGAUUACCAAAGGACAUAGUAGAUGCCAGGAAUUUCAGGAUCAUACGCGCUGCGCAACUGAAUUUUCUGAAGAUAUUCCUGCCUAAGGAGAAAUGGGUCACGUUUGAGCAGGAUUUAGAAUACCGAUACCUUAAUCCGUACAUGAAAGAGAUCGAGGCUGAGCGAGCGGAAAUAAAGGAGUUCGGUUGUCUCAAUUACAGCGACACGGACUGGCCGGCUAAUAAACCGAUAUAA